CAGAAGUAGUCGCAUAUCCCGUCUCAGCGUGAGGUGUACUGUCAAAAAGGAGUCGCAUGGAGAGGUUUUAAAACUUAAGGACUGGAUAUCCGCUGUUAACAUCAGAGAAAAUGACAAGACCCAGACAGUGCUGCAUCCCUCUGAUCGUGGGCUCCAUGUCUAUGAUUUUUCUACUGGCCAUCUACUGGGACAUUAUGGGAGCGACAGACCUUUACCUGUACAGCACUUGGCAGCCAGCAGGUGACUUUGAGAAGUCAGAGCCUUCAUUCCAGUUUGACAUGGAUGCCUUUGCCAACCAGCUCUUAGAAGACUCAGCUGAGCAGGAGAAUGGCAAAUUCUUGAAGCGUGAGUGGAAAAUUCACUUGACCCCAAUUUCACAGAAGGUCAAACAAAGGCAAGAGGAGCGUAAAGAGACAUUGCGUAGUGUCUGCAGUGCUGACAGCAUGUUCAACUUCCCCGGCAAAAAUCUAAAGUUUGAUGAUCUUCCUGAUAGGCUGCUGGAUCACCUGAUUGUGGAUGACCAGCAUGAGGUCAUCUAUUGCUUUGUGCCAAAGGUGGCGUGCACCAACUGGAAGAGUGUUAUGGCUGUGCUGAGCCAGCGCCUGGUUGAUGGUGUGGCUUACCAGAAUCCCCAGGAUGUCCCCGGCGCAAAGAUCCACAAUCUUGGCCUGCACUUCACCUUUGACAAGUUCGGGAAGCGCUAUGGCAGUUUCUCACGAGACAUGAUGAAUAUCAAGCUGAAAAAGUACACCAAGUUCCUGUUUGUCAGAGACCCCUUUGUCAGGCUCAUCUCUGCCUUCCGGAACAAGUUUGAGGAGUUGAACGAAGUUUUCUACAAGAUGUAUGGUGUGGACAUGCUCAAGCGGUACGGAAAGUACCCCAACCCUCCAGCCACACAUGAGCAGGCAUUAGCGGCUGGGGUUAUGAACUUCUCUCACUUCAUCCAGUAUCUUCUGGACCCCGAGACAGAGAAGUUGGUCCCCUAUGAGCCCCACUGGAAACAGGUAUACCGCAUGUGCCACCCAUGCCAGAUAAACUAUGACUUUGUGGGCAAGCUGGAGACACAGAACGAGGAUGCUGAACACUUGCUGCGGACUCUAGGUGUCGACAAUUUGGUCAAUUUUCCUGUUAGCAAUCGGAUUCUAACAAAGAAUACCUGGAUCACUGACUAUUUUGCCAACAUCCCUCACACGUGGCGGAGACGGCUCUACGAAGUGUACGAAGCUGACUUCAGACUCUUUGGAUAUGCCAAACCUGAGGAACUUUUAGCUACGAAUAAAACGGAAUGAAUCAAAACCUUUAGUUGCUAAAAAAAACCACCCCUUGUAGCCACCACUACCACAAACCACUACCACAACAGUUACAGUGAUAUUUUUAUCCCCCAAAAGGAAAAACACUCAUAUUCAUGAGACUUUUUCAAUCCCAUUGAUUGAAUAAUAUCUGAAUAAACAGUAGCCUAUUUGGUCACCAAAAUCAUUAUGGACACUGACAUGUGCUACAUCUCAAAAUUAGAAAUAAGGAUGGAUAAGUCUUAAAGUCUUCAAGUAUAAGUCUUAUGUCUUAAUAAUAAGUCUUCAAGUCUUACUGAACUUCUUUCAGAGAGUAGUUGGGGAGGCACACACUGACAAGACAGUUGGGCAAUCCUUUUGGACAAACAUUCACCAAAUAAUGAUGCUUAAUAUGAUGAUCUCCACAAUCAUUCUCAUCCAAUUAAGUACACAAGAUAUCUUGUGUGCUUUUUAGAUGCAUUAUAUUGAUGAUAAAUUAGUUUUUCUAUCCCUCUGCUAAAAGCUCUAAUAUAAAAGCUGCUAAUAUUUACAUUUGGUGUGAAUGGUGGAUUACAUUACGUCUGUAUGUCUUGCAGGUGCGGCUACUGAUGGGAGAUUAGUUGUUGAGGGUGUAGCCAAAAGUCAAGGUUUUGCACAAUAUUGGGAUUAAUUACUUGUUACACAGAGAUGUAAUCUAUGGCAUGAUAGACACCAACAGACAGCACGUCUUGUUUUUUCAUUCUAUAAUUCUUUUUCUUUAUCAUGUCAUUUUUUAAAAGUUUUAUUUAUGGGCCAUGUGUGUAGUAACCAGAUGCUGGCAAGUUUUUUAUCAUGUGAAAUUUAACUGAAAUACCUUAACCCUCUGGUUGUGUUACGGUAAAAAAUGACCAUUUUGAAACUUCAUUCUUAAAUAACUUCUCUAUUGUUCAUCAUACACAAAUGACACUUCAUGAUAUCCUCCAGCCAACCUAUUCAAAUGGUCAAAAUGAAAUAUAAUGAAAUUACUAAAGAAUUGUGGAAGAUACAACAACUUGUUACAUUCAUAGUGUUUCGGUCAAAAAUGACCGUACCAUUAAUUUACAUCUCCCAAAGUUAUAUACAGUUAUAUUACAUUCACUUUACUCUCAUAUUCUUUUUUGUUAGGCUUUUCAGAAUACAACCAUAUGUGCCACAUUAGU